GAUGACACCUCGUACGUUCAAGCACCUUCUUUGCUUACUGGCGUUCACACAGUGGUCGUAUUUAGUGGAAGGGUCUCACUUCAGACAUGCCUUCAUGAGCUUUGCUCCGACUGGUGCUGAUACCAAUACGAUACGGUUCACCUUCCGUCUGGCUUUUCGAAGGUCAUUAUCUUAUUCCUAUUAUUGUGAUGACGAUACAACUAACCGAGGAGGAAUUAUUGGAUCUGGAGAUUCUUGGAGAGCUAAGUGCAGCGAUCAUUUAAGUGCAGUGUGUUCGCAGACUUAUAACCUCGCGGACACUGGCUUUCGCUGUACUGACUUUAGUAGCGAUGAAGACUGGUCCAUGGGGGAAAAUAACUUCACCUACACUUUUCCUUCUAGUAAUGUGGAGUGGACUGUAAGUUAUCACAGUUGCUGUUGGAUUUCCAAUCUUGCGCGGUAUGCUAGCUCAGACUGGUUGGUAUCUACCAAAAUAGGUCUCUCUAAACGAUCAGAUAACGGAAAAAUCAAUUCAUCCCCAGUCUCUAGGAGCCCCGCUAUUGUGCGGUUUCAAGAAGGCUGUCAGAAGUCUCUUAUAAUCCCGGUUGAAGAUCCAGAUGGCGAUUUUGUGAAAUGCCGUUGGGCAACCGACGCCGAGUCCUCCAUACCAAAUGACAGUUUUUCUUACGGCGAACUUGACGAGAAAAACUGCGUUUUAACUUACAGAGGUGGACGUGGAGCAUUGGGAACUUACGCAGUAACCUUAACUUUGGAAGAUUUUCCAGCUGGAACCACAAACUUCAAUAACAUCAGACCAUUUAGUGCUGUGCCACUGCAGUUUCUAGUCAUAAUAAGCGCUGGGUCUGGUUCUUGCCAAGACAUACCUGUUUUUACUGCCUCAACUCCUCAAAAAGGUGAAUGCCUGGAGAUCCAGAUUGGGUCGGCAUAUGUAGCAGUCAUUGAGGUGCGGCUUCCAAACAUUGCUAAACAUGUUGUUGAGAUAACCACAAGCUCUCCACUUGGUAUGCAACUUACACCCCUACGCUUUCAUGGAGGCAUCUACUCCAGGAAUGUCACGUGGUAUCCGAAUCAGAACCAAGUUGGGCAGCAGUUGUUCUGCUUUCAAGCUUUGGAUUCAGACGGAUUACAAAGUGAAUGGCGUUGUGUCACGAUCCUUGUGGGACUAAGUAAUACGCCUCAUGUUAUUUUGGGUACAAGAAGGCCAAUAAGUCCUAUGAGUGAGAUCGGAACAGGACUCAUAUGGUGGAGUAUUCAAUUUGACAGAGUGAUAAAGAAGCCUCGUAGUACAGCAUUCAUCCGAUUGGUUCUGCAAUCAAAUGGUUUUACCGUCUUCAAAGUGGAUGCCCUCUCUGGUUACGUUAUUAUCGACAGUAACCGCACAGCACUGCAUUUUGCCACGCCCAAGGCUGCACUCAGCAUGAAUGGUUCAUAUGCCAUCUUGAUAGAUCACGGUGCAGUCGUUGGACAAGGCUGCUCAUAUGAUGGUCCACCAACACCUGGUAUAACCUCACCCAAAGACUGGGCUUUCCCUGUAGAUGGUACGUGCCCUGUUGGUUAUGCCCUGGCUCCUCCAAGUUUUCAAAAGUGUAAAGAUAUAGAUGAAUGUGGGGGACAUUAUCGGUCAAAACGAUCUUACUGGUGGUGGCAAUAUUCCGAGACUUCAGCUAACCAUUUACCGUCAAGUAUCCCCGCUGAUAUAUCUCCUACACCAGCAUCAGUAACACCAUUAUCAACAGUCUCGCUGCCAGCUGCCUCUGCCUCCUGUCACUACAAUUUAUAUGGACCACACGGCAAUUUCAGUAGUCCAAACUACCCUCAAAACUACGAUCACUAUCUCCAGUGUGCUUGGAAUAUUACGACAUCACCGGGGCUUUAUAUUUACCUCCACUUUGAUCAUUUCCAUCUGGAGGGUAGUUCUGGAAGUUGCCCUUACGACUAUGUGCAGAUAUAUGAUGGAACGUCUCACCAAAGCCUAACCAUGAAACGCUGCGAUUAUCAAGAUUCUUGGUGUGUUUACAGCCACAGCAACGCCCUUUAUGUACAUUUUAAAACAGAUGGUUCAGUUUCUCGUUCUGGUUUCACUGCUUUCUAUGAAACGGUUUCUGAGAGAUAUUCAGUCUGCAAAAUAAAUUCGACUAACCAUUUUCCGUCAAGUAUCGCCGCUGAUAUAUCUCCUAACCCAGCAUCAGUAACACCAAUGUCAUCAGCCUCGCUGCCAGUUGCCUCUGCCUCCUGUCACUACAAUUUAUAUGGACCGCACGGACAUUUCAGUAGUCCAAACUACCCUCAAAACUACGGCCACAAUCUCCAGUGUGCUUGGCAUAUUACGACAUUACCGGGGUUUUACAUUUACCUCCGCUUUGAUCAUUUCCAUCUGGAGGGUAGUUCUGGAAGUUGCCCUUACGACUAUGUACAGAUAUAUGAUGGAACGUCUCACCAAAGCCUAACCAUGAAACGCUGCGAUUAUCAAGAUUCCUGGUGUGUUUACAGCCACAGCAACGCCCUUUAUGUACAUUUUAAAACAGAUGUUUCAGUUUCUCGCUCUGGUUUCACUGCCGUUUAUGAAACAGUCUCUGAGCGAUACUCAGUCUGCAAAGUAAAUUCAAAAUUACUUACAUAUCGUAUUUUUGAUCGCGUCUCGCUUCUCUUCUCAGCAUCAAUAACACCAAUGCCAACAGCCUCGCUGCCAGCUGCCUCUGCCUCCUGUCACUACAGAUUAUAUGGACCACACGGCAAUUUCAGUAGCCCAAACUACCCUCAAAAGUACGACCACUAUCUCCAGUGUGCUUGGCAUAUUACGACAUCACCGGGGCUUUAUAUUUACCUCCGCUUUGAUCAUUUCCAUCUGGAGGGUAGUUCUGGAAGUUGCCCUUACGACUAUGUGCAGAUAUAUGAUGGAACGUCUCACCAAAUCCUAACCAUGAAACGCUGCGAUUAUCAAGAUUCCUGGUGUAUUUACAGCCACAGCAACGGCCUUUAUGUACACUUUAAAACAGAUCAUUCAGUUUCUCACACUGGUUUUACUGCCGUUUAUGAAACAGUCUCUGAGCGAUACUCAGUCUGCAAAGUAAAUUCAACUCUCAACUCAACCAAUAUCGCACCUACACCCUCCCAACAUCUUGCAGUCACUACCUCGGCUAUCCCUGGAAACUGUUUCCAUCACCUCAACCAACCCUCGGGUAGCUUUGAGAGUCCAGGCAAACCUGGUUGUUACCCAAACAACAAGGACUGCACUUGGCUACUCGAAGCUCCUAUUGGCAAAUACGUUUACCUACAAUUCAAUUCUUUCCAUUUGGAAUAUGGAGGUUCUCACUGCCCGUGGGAUUAUGUGACAAUUCUCGAUGGUAACUCAUUGCACAGUCCUGUUGUUGUCAAGGCGUGCGGUCAGUUGGCAAGGCUGAGAUUGUUCAGUGGUGGAAGGUUCCUCAUGGUGCUGUUCCAUUCAGACGGUAUCAUCAACAGGCCUGGAUUUCAUGCUUAUUUUCAAGCUUCACAUUACAGAUACAAUAUUACAUUACCUAGCCAACAAGUGCCAAUGACAAGCCAAGUCCAGUGUUUGCCUAUACAGACACAAACUGCCACUCCUACUUCGUCAAACCUGCAAGGAAUCCACCCGACACCAGCCUCUACAAUGGCAACGACCUUCUAUGCUGCUUCAAGUGUAAACGUUCAACCAGAUCCUUCUCAGUUCCAGUUUCGAUUACCGGCGGAAUGCGACCAAAGUUGUCACAACACGUUCGGAAGUUACACUUGCUCUUGCGUUAGGGGUUACCAACUGGCUGCAGAUCGGAAAUCGUGCUUGGACGUUGACGAAUGUUCGAUCAAUAAUGGCGGCUGCAGCCAUCAUUGUUACAAUAUCCCUGGAUCAUUUUACUGUGGCUGUCCGGAAGGAACCAGUAUGGGUGCUAACAAUUUGACUUGUGUUGAACCUGGUGUGUCCGUUAACUGUAGCGACAUUAUGACGGUUGCUUUGGAAAAGAAGACAUUUCCCUUUUUUGACGCUGCCCGAUUACACUUGAGGUACUCAUCAUGUAGAGCCACACAGAAUAACACCCAUCUUCUGCUCAGAACUCCUUUAAAUGGUUGCGGAACACUGGUCAACGAGACUGAAGAUGAUCUUUUCUUCUGGAAUGAAAUCCAAACGGACGUGAUUGUUAUCGAUAAUGUCAUAACUAGAUCACAUGACAUUAAAAUUCCAUUUUACUGCGGUUAUUCGAGGAAGAAAUGGGUCAACCUGGGUAUCAAUCCUCAGCAUCUACGCUUUGGAACAGAAGCUGGGUAUGGUAACUUUACCUUUAAAAUUGACUUUUACAAGAGUUCGUCAUUUGCCACACCCUAUACUGAGCAGGACUACCCUCUGAGCGUGCCAAUCAAUCAGUACUUGUAUGUGAGAUACAGUGUAGAAUCCAGUGCUGAUCUGGUAAUAAUGGCCGUGACAUGUAAGGCCACUAAAACUGGAAGCUUUUACUCCUGGCCACAAUACUCUAUCAUACAGAACGGUUGUCCACAAGAUACAUCCAUGGAAUACAACUUUGAUCCCAGGAGGAAUUACCAGCAAUUUAAAAUCAGAGCGUUCAGAUUCUUCAACGACUACGAUCAGGUGUACAUUCAUUGCGAAGUUUUGGCCUGCCAUACAUACUCUCCAAACUCCAGGUGCAGCCAAAGUUGUUUAGGCAGUAAGAAGAGAAAGCGGAGGGAUGUUACUCGUGACGAAAUAGAACAUGAAGAGAGUACUACCAAAGUCACUCUUACUCGAGGACCACUCAUCAUCCAACUGGAACAAGAACAAGGAGACACAGAUCAAAACAAGCAAACUGCGCUGAUUGGUGGCCUAGCAGGCGCUGGAGGAUUUGCUCUGAUUGCAGUUGCUGCAUUGGCUGUGUUAUUUGUCAAGUACCGCAUUGCCCGACGGUUCAUGAACAGGAACAAGGUUGGAGACCAGUACGCAACCCAAGAUGGACAACUAAGCAGAAGAAAUGCUUACGUUCAGCCUGAAGACAUGGUCGAACAUGAAGACGCCUUCUAAAUAUAUGUUAUUCUUUUGCAAUGUGUCAUGUUGCCUUCUUAACAACAUAAAAGUCAACUUAUACCCUAUGGCGGCAGUUAAGAGGUAUGCUUGCUGUCAUUGUAAAUGAAUAUUCUCCUCCACCUCUUGGGAAAUUAAGCCCCCUGAACGUUGCGUAACAUUUUUUUCUCCAGCUUUACAUUCUGCAGUCUCUUAGACACCGCAGACCUUACUUUGAAUAGAUCGCUUUUAAAUGUAUAGAGAAAAGGCUUUGAAGGAUAUGUAAGUGCAGUUUAUCUUCAGAAUCUUUAGUGUAACUAGAAGCUGAAAUAUGUCAAGACAGAGACUGGUCGACCUAGAAUACACUUUAGGUAGGCUAAGUCACGGUGCGCACAUGUACCUGCUGAUAGUGUGGCUAAAACAAUUCUAUUUUGACGGUAGACGGCGACAUUUUCGACCUGCGACGGUUUAGAUUCAGAAUAACAGAUCACUACACGAAAUGAAGAAACUAAGCCGCUGUUCUUCAGUAAAGGACAAAAUUUGCCAAAUAUUCGAAGAGACCAAAUUUUUAGUCUAAAAAUAACAAUUUAGCCCUUAAACUGUGGUCCCCAGACUGCUCACAUACUUUCAAAUAAAUAAAUCAUAAUUGAA